AUGGCAUUGCUAUUCUCAAGUGCCGAAAUGAGUCUUGCAGCUCGUUACCUCUUGGAUACACCAGCUGCUCCACCCCCAGCGCCUACAAUCCCAUCUCUGCCUAAGGUGGCCUUGCCUCCACUACCCUCUAUGCCAACGCUGCCUAAAGCCACAUUGCCACCACUGCCUAGCAGGCCAUUGCCUACAUUGCCAACUCAACCUAUCCUUCCAAAGCCCACAUUGCCACCAUUGCCAACAAACCCAUUGCCAACUCAACCAACUCUUCCAAAGUCCACAUUGCCGCCACUCCCAAGCACCCAACUCCCAACACUGCCAACAAUGCCUACCGUUCCCAAGGUUGCACUACCUCCAAUGUUGCCAACAAUUCCAUUGCCCACCAUUCCAACCUCAAUCCCUUCAAUCCCUUCCACCAUCCCGACGACAAUCCCAACAAUUCCUUUCCUCUCCCCACCACCAUCAAACUAA